ACGAUGGUGUCUGUUAUAGAGCUGCUUCUGGAAACACUGACUGAUUUAAGUGUCGGGGAGUUUGAGAGGUUCAAAUAUUUCCUCAAUCAAACUGACCUACACAGACACUUCUUAGACAUCCCAUGCUGGCUGCUUAUUAUGGGUGACAUGCAGUACACAGUGUUUUCAAUGGUGCAGAUAUACGGCCAGCAGUCUGCGGAGAAGAUCAAGGAGGUUUUAAAGAGGAUGGAGAGGAUGGAUCUGGUACAGAGGUUGUCAGACACCUGCUCAGGAGCCAAAAAAAAACACUCUGUCGAUGAACGCCUGUCUGCACUGAUCCACAAGGUGGCAACAAUGGCGGCUAUUAAACAGCUGCUUUUGGAAACACUCAGAUAUUUGAGUUACUCUGAGCUGAACAAGUUCAAGUGGUUGCUGCAGUUUGGGUUCUUCCAUAGGAGCCUUCCAGACAUCUCAUGGAAAUUGAUGCUGAUGACAGACAGGACAGACGAACUGGUGGAUAUGAUAAUGAAGAUGUUCUGUCAACAGUCUGUAGAGGUGACCUUGGAGGUUUUCAUGGACAUGAACAGGACUGAUCUCGUGCAGAGGUUGUCAGAGACCAGCUCAGGACCCAAAGCUGAAGGAUCAUCUGCUGAAGCCUUUGGUGUGAAUACCACAGAGAAAGUUCCUGUAUCAACAGAGAAACACUCUGUGGAUGAGCAUUGGCCUGCAGUGACUGAAAAAGUAGAAACAAUGGCAUCUGUUAUAGAGCUGCUUCUGGAAACGCUGGCUGAUUUGAGUGGAGGGCAGCUCAAGGACUUCAUAUAUUAUGUCUUCCUGAGUCAAAUUCAGUGUUUCUCAGACAUCACAGUAAUGCUGCUGGAGGCAACAGACAUUCAGGUUACAGUGAUUUUAAUGGUGCAGCUCUAUGGCCAACAUUCUGUGGAGAAGACCAAGGAGGUUUUAAAGAUGAUAGAGAGGACUGAUCUGGUGCACAGGUUGUCAGACAGCAGCUCAGGACCCAAAAAGAAACCUUCUGCAGAUGAACACCGGUCUGCACUGAUCCAGAGAGUUGCAACAAUAGCAGCUGUUGAACAGCUGCUUUUGGAAACCCUGAAUGAUUUGAGUAACAAGGAGCUCAAGAAAUUCAAGGAGUUCCUGCAGUGGAUUGUCUCCCAGAAGGACCUCCCAUACAUCUCAUGGACGUUGAGACACACAGCCAGAGCAGAAAUAGUCAGUCUGAUGGUGGAGAACUAUGGCCAACAGUCUGUGGAGUUGACCAGGGAGGUUUUGAAGAAGAUGAACAGGACUGAUAUGAUGGAGAAAUUGUCAAAACCCAGCUCCGCACUCAAAAAGAAACACUCUGUGGAUGAACAUCGACCUGCACCAUUCGAGAGAGCAGCUGUUGAACAGUUUCUUUUGGAAACACUGAAGGAUUUAAGUCACAGGGAGCUCGAGAAGUUCAUGCGGUUGCUGCAGUUCACGUACUUCCAAAAGAGUUUCCCACAAAUCUCAUUAAGUCAAUUGAACUGUGUAAAAAGUGAAGAUGAACUAGUGCGUCUAAUGGUGCAGACCUGUGGCGAGCGGACCGUGGAAGUGACCAAGGAGGUUUUAAUGGACAUAAACAGGACUGAUCUGGUAGACAGGUUGUCAGAGACCAGCUCAAGAUCCAAAGUGGAUUUCCAGUCUGAAUGGUUUCAGAAAGAAGCGACCAUGACAUCACUUCAGAAGAAGCUUUUGGAAACACUGAAAGAUUUAAGUUAUGGGGAGCUCGAGCAAUUCAAGUUGUUUCUGCAGCACAAACACACGAAGGAAGGUCUCCCAGGAAUCCCAAGACACCAGAUAGAGAUGGCAGACAGAGAUGAAAUAGUGGAGCUGAUGGUGGAAAUCUACGGCCAACAGUCUGUGGAGGUGACCAGGGAGUUUUUAACAAUGAUGGCCAUGGAUGAAAUGAUGAUGAAGUGGUCCAACCCCAAGUGGUCAAGACUCAAAGAGGAUGAACAUCAACCUGCACUGUUCAAGAGAGAAGUAACCAUGACAUCACUUCAGGAAAAGCUUUUGGAAACACUGGAAUAUUUAAGUGACAGGGAUCUCAAGAAAUUCAAUCGUGUCCUGCAGUACACUAACAUCAAGGAAGGCCUCCCAAGAAUCCCAAGACACAGAAUGGAGAUGGCAGACAGAGUUGAAACAGUGGAGCUGAUGGUGGAGAUCUACGGCCAACAGUCAGUGGAGGUGACCAGGGAGGUUUUAAAGAAGAUGAGCAGGACUGAUCUGGCGCAGAAGUUGUCAGACAUCAGCUCAGGAUCUAAAGGGCCUUCAAGAAGCUUGGAGCUUGAGGCUUGUGGAAGCACUGUGCUGGACUCCAGUGACUGGACUAAACUUGACCCUAAAAUGAACAGUACAGGUGCAGAUGAGACUCCAACUUACAGCCUACAGUCUGAAGCAGGAAACCACUUUGAAUGCAGUGUCUCUGGCUUGCGCUGGGCCUGUAAGGAAAAGGUCAGCUUUAGGUACCAGUUUUGCUCUUGGGACGAACCAAUGGAGAGGAUGGAAAGCAUCAAAUACAUACCUGCAGGUCCCCUAAUGGACAUCACAGUCAUUGCUGGAAGGUUUGAUGAUGUGUACCUGCCACACUGGAUCUGCAUUGAUGAUGUCCCUAAAAUAUCUGACAAGUUUGCAGUCCUACACAUAGAUGACUGUGGAGAUGUUGUGGAAAAAGUGUCUGAGGUCACGUCAUCCCAUGUCAAGCUGUCUGAACCAGUUUUUUCACCAAGAGCAGUCUUGAUGAAAGUUGGCAUUCCAGUGAAAAUAAACUGUAAGGUGUUAAUAUAUCAGACCAACACAGCAUUCCUGACACUGCAUGUUUAUCUGAUCCCACGUGAUCCUGGUCUACAAGAGGCAAUGGACAAGAUGCAAUUAUCUUAUGGAUACAAAGUAAUCAGAAAGCCACAUCCAGAGAAGUCCCUGAAAAUGCGUGAUCAUUUCAUCUUAACAGCGGAUUUGAAUGGUGCAAAGAUUUCUCCUAAAGACUUAAAGCUCAGAUAUGAAAGCAGAGACCCAAAUUUCUUCGAAGUGUACAUAGAAAAUCCAGACAGAAACUUCACCCUCAACCUUGCACAAAAAGAUGAGCGUCAACCAGUGUGGACCCAUGAAAUUCGAAAAGAUGAAUACCAAAGCACAGAUCAUAUACAGGUUGAAGAGAUGGGUGCACAGUCUUCAACACCUGGUCCCAGUGACGAGGAGCACUUUGUGGAUAAACAUCAAAUGGCGCUGAUCAAGAGAGUGAGCAGCAUUUCACCCAUUCUGGAUGAGCUCCUCUUCGAAAAGGUCCUUCUACAAGAGAGUUAUGGUAGAAUCAGGGCUCUGGCUACCUCUCAGGACAAGAUGAGGGAGCUCUACUCUGGUUGCCUGAAAGCUGGUGGAGCCUGCAAAGACAUUUUCUAUGAAAUCCUUGAGAGAAAUGAGCCAUAUCUUAUUGCUGACCUCAAGCAAAAGAAGUGAAUGUGUUGUGGUAAAAAUCCGUUUUAGACCAAAUGUACACUCUACCUGAACGCAAAAUAUUUUUUAUACAAUAACAAUGGGGAAAUAAUAAUGUUAGUGCCAUGUCUUUGUGGGGGUUUUCUUUAAAAAAAAUGCUCUUUUCACUGCAUGUUGAUGCUUAGUCAGAGCUGUUAGCUGCCCAUAAUUUCUCUUUUAAAUUAGUUGAAUUUGUAUGGUGUGUGUGUUGCCUUUGCUGCCCUGAUCAGUGAGGCUCAUUUCAUUGCUUCAUUUUGAUGAGAUCAGAUUUCAUAUACGGUUUAAAACCAGAUUCAGCUAAUGUUUAUCAGACAAUAAUGUCAGAAAGAAAUGAACAAAGGAUUUCACAAGACAAAAACAAAUGGAUUGAGUCUCAUUUUAACCUAAUUAUUUUAUGUAAAUUAAUACAGAAUUAUCCAAAUGAUACUCAUGCCAAAUAUGCUAAAAGAUUGUUUUAUCACUUUUAUUCUGCCCAAUAAGAAAAUGUUUAUUUUUGGAGGAUCACUGAAAAGAUUUACAUAAAUUUAAUAAAAUCUUCGGAUUGCUA